AGGUUGAAGUUGCAUUUAAUUAUUUUCGUGAUUUGUUGUUCAAGUAAGUAAAAUAGUAAUGGGUGUGGAUGCGCAAAACCCUGAAAAAGUUCAUAAGGAUGUGCUUGCUGAUGCGAGACAAGCUUGCUACAAGGCUCGUGAUGCAUUCUACAAUUGUUUGGAGAGAGAAUCCGGUAAAAAAGCCUCCGAAAGUGCUUGCGCCGGCCUUCUUUAUCCUCGCGAUUGCAAAGCAGCUAGGGUUAAUUACGAGUUGAAUUGCCGUCCUGCUUGGGUUAAGCAUUUCGACAGGCUAUAUUGUACCAACAAGAGAACUCAAAGAUUCUUGGAUGACAAUGAGUCCAGGAGAGCUCUUGGAGGAAAGAGUACUUGUUGAGAGAUGAUAUAUUAAUUUCCGGGAGUAAACCAAAAAAAUGUACUCUCAGAGAGUCAAAGGUAUAUUGGUAUAGUUGUACAACAGUACACUGUACAAGUGAGAAUGAUGCUUAGCAUUAUGUAAAAUCUUCUAAGCUUUUCCAUGGAGAAAGCUACCUCUAUACCAGUUUGUAACACCAAAUUCUAUUUCUGAUGUUUCUUAUAUAAGAUCAUCAUCUGAUCCUUUAAGCUUGUA